UUAUAAAAAGUAGGCAAUUGUGAGAGAGAGACGAAGGAAAUUGCAUUAGAAGAUAACAAGAAAUGGCCAUGGAAACACUUUCUUCAAGUGAACUAUUAGACUUUAUAAUCUAUGACACAUUCUCUGCUACUCCAUACACCUGCAAUGCCACUUUAGAUACUUGUAGUUUCCAGCUUCAAGAAAAUCAUGCUCAAAAGUUUCAACAUGAAGAAUAUAUAGCUCUUGCUGCUGCUGCUGCUGGUAAUUCCCUCAAUAAUACCUCUUCUUCUUCAAUGACUCUCUCCGUAAAGCCCGAAAGCACCGAAGAGCAGCGGAGCUUGGGUGUCCAGGGGAGGAAGAAGAGGCGGCGAAGACCCAAAGUAUGCAAGAACAAAGAAGAGGCCGAGACUCAAAGAAUGACUCACAUUACUGUGGAGAGAAAUCGAAGGAAACAGAUGAAUGAGCAUCUCUCCGUGCUGCGGUGUCUCAUGCCGGAGUCUUAUGUUCAAAGGGGUGAUCAAGCCUCUAUAGUUGGCGGUGCUAUAGACUUUGUAAAAGAACUGGAGCAUGUUCUACAAAGCCUUGAAGCUAAAAAAAUCCUACAAUCACAAGCAGCUGGUGAAAAAGACCCUGCUGAGCCAACCCCAUUCGCACAAUUCUUCGCAUUUCCUCAAUUCACCUGCUCUCAAACCCCUAACAAACAUUACACAUGUAGCACAACGAGUGGCGCAAUUGCAGAUAUUGAAGUGACCUUAGUGGAAACUCAUGCAAGCAUUAGGGUUCUAUCGCGACGACGCCUCAGGCAGCUCUCGAGAUUAAUUGGCGGUUUUCAGGCACUUUAUUUGACCAUACUUCACCUGAAUGUUACCAGCUUGGAACCCAUGGUUCUCUACUCCAUCAGUACUAAGGUAGAAGAAGGAUGCCACCUAAAAUCAUCGGAUGACAUAGCAGGCGCAGUACACCAAAUGCUGAUAAUAAUUGAAGGAGAAGAAGGAGAAGCUAUAGGUAGCGUGGCCUAUGCUGCAGAUUUACCCUCAGGAUCGUAGGUUGUAGCAAUAUUAUAUAUUGAGCUACCUGCCCAUAACCUAUAGAGAAUCGUGACAUGGAAUUAUUGUUCUUAAAAUGCCACCCCUUUUGUGCUUUGAAGUAUGUACGUGAGAUCUUUUAAUUAUGCAAAUGGAUUUUCUGUUUGUAUCUGUAUGUAACAUAUCUGUUCAGUUAGUUUUUUUUAAUAAAUUGUACCUUACGUCCC